AUGGAUUUUGAUUCUCAUCUCUUUCAAAACCAAAACCAAAACCUUCUAUACUUUCCUCAAAAUUCCUACUUUAAUAAUUUCUCUUGGGAAUUAGAAAAUUUCGAUAAUUUCUUCAUCGAAGACAUCAACUUCAACAACCAAUCACAAACACAAACACAAACACACACAAAUGAAUCAAUAUCUUCAUCACUAUCAUCCACCGAGUCCAACUCUUUGGUGUCCGUACUAAGCAAUGAGUCUAUAGAAGUCUCAUCCAAUACAACUUAUACACAACUGAUCAAAGAAACACAAACAUCAUCACCAUCACCACUACCACUACCACCACCGCAGAUUAAAGAAAGUAAUAAAAGGACGUUUAGAGGAGUAAGAACAAGACCGUGGGGAAAAUUCGCGGCCGAGAUAAGAGAUUCAACAAGAAAAGGUGUUAGAGUAUGGAUUGGAACGUUUGACACGGCCGAAGCGGCCGCGUUAGCUUAUGAUCAAGCAGCUUUUUCAACAAGAGGUUCAUUGGCAGUGUUGAAUUUUCCGGAAGAAGUUGUUAGAGAAUCACUUAAAGAAAUGAGUAGAAAUUCUAAGCCUUUGGAAGAAGGUACUUCACCGGUAUUGGCACUCAAGAGAAAACACAUCAUAAGGAAAAAGUCCAAUAAGGUUAGUAAAAAGAAAAUCAAAAGUGAACAACAAAUUCAGAUUCAAAAAGAAACCAAAAAUGCAAAUGUUAAUUCACAAAAUGUCUUUGUGUUUGAGGAUUUGGGUGCUGAAUAUCUGGAGCAACUAUUGAGCUUGACUUCUUAG